AUGUCAGCUUUCAAAGGUCCGCUUGCCGGUGGGGACUGCCGAAUGGAAGGGAAGCCAAGCUGCUGGAGGCGUGUUUUCGUGCAGACGGACAACGGCAGCGUGCUGGGAAUGGAGCUCGACAGGAGUGACAAUGUACGCACCGUAAAGAAACGGCUGCAGCUCGCCCUAAACAUCCCGAUCGAGGAAAGCUCCUUAACAUUCGGUGACACGGUUCUCAAAAGCGACCUCAGCGCAGUCCAAAACGACUCCCCUCUCCUCCUCACCCGGAAUCUGAUGCACAGAAGCUCGUCAACCCCGUGUCUGUCCCCCACUGGCCGGGACGGCCACAAAAGUGACCCAAGUGGGCCCAUCGAGAUACUGGGCCGCUCGGCCCAGACUAAACAUCUAGUCAAGGAGGUCGUCAAGGGGAUGAAGAAUGGGGUCGAUCCUGUCCCUGUCCGCGGCGGGCUCGGUGGCGCGUACUACUUUAAGAACAUCUGGGGAGAGAGUGUUGUCAUUGUGAAGCCCACGGAUGAGGAGCCCUUCGCGCCCAACAACCCCAAGGGGUUUGUAGGCCGAGCGCUUGGCAGGCCAGGCCUCAAGCGCUCGGUUCGGGUCGGGGAGACGGGCUUCCGGGAGGUCGCAGCCUAUCUCCUUGACCACGCUGGCUUUGCAGGCGUGCCCCCGACUGCUCUCGUCAAAAUCACACACUCAGUCUUUAAUGUCAACGGCUCCACGGGUGUGGCCCAGCCCCAGCCCGAGCCCGUGAGCAAGAUCGCGUCCUUCCAGGCGUACGUGAGGCACGAUUUCGACGCUGGGGACUACGGGACGUCGAGCUUCCCCGUGGCUGCGGUCCACAGGAUUGGGAUUCUGGAUGUGAGAAUUCAUAACACGGACCGGCAUGCGGGGAAUCUCCUGGUUCGGAAGGUGGAUGAUGCUGGGGGGUUUGGUGAGGUAGAGCUGAUCCCAAUCGACCAUGGACUCUGCCUGCCCGAGAGUCUGGAGGACCCGUAUUUCGAGUGGGUCCAUUGGCCACAGGCCUCGAUCCCGUUCUCGGACGAUGAGCUCGAGUACAUUAGGAAUCUCGACCCUGUCCGGGACUUGGAGAUGCUGAGGAGCGAGCUCCCCAUGAUUCGGGAGGCUUGCUUGCGAAUUUUGUUUCUCUGCACGGCUUUUCUCAAGGAGGCAGCAGCUUACGGGCUGUGUCUUGCCGAGAUUGGUGAGAUGAUGAGCCGGGAGUUUCGUGGUGGGGAGGAGGGACCUAGCGAGCUGGAAAUUAUAUGCAUGGAAGCACGAAGGCUUGUUGGCUUGGAGAUUUUUUCACCCAGAGUUGAAGUGUAUCUUGGUGGAACUCAGUUCGAUUUGGACUGUGAGGAUGGUAAAUGUGGUGAUUAUAUAUUUUCACCGAGAUUGACUUCUCAAGAGUUUGUAGCAGUUCCGCCUUUUCAUUCCCGGUUCGGAAGUGUCAAUUGCUGUGCGCCACUUUCUAAACUCGACGAAUGUGUUGGGCAUGAGGAUGAUGAAGAAAGUGAAGGAGACGAUGGAAAAGGUUUAGUCAGCAUUUCGAAUUUUCGAAAUGGAACUCGAAAUAUUUUGAAACAGUCCAUGUCGCUCGAAAACCCUAGCUUAGGUAUAAAAUAUAGUAAUUUCUCGAAUAUUAGUUUGGCCAAACAAGAUUCUUGCUCUGUUGUUAAUGGUCCAGUGUCUUGCAAGCAUAGGAGUGCGAACGAGCAGCUUCCGGCUAGUACCAGCUUCGUGAAGUUGGCGGACAUGAACGAGGAUGAAUGGCAGCUGUUUUUGGACAAGUUUCAGGAACUCAUCCUCUCUGCAUUUGCCAAAGGCAAGUCUGUUAUGUCUGGUCAGAAGCAGAGACAGAGGCUCGGAACUUCAUGCCGGUUUUGA